AUGGCUUCCUUCUAUUACUUGGUAGUAGGAUCUGCUAAUCUUGGAGAAGAGAUUAGUUAUGUGCCUUCUUUAUUAAAAAACCUUUGUGAGAGAAGUGAUUUUUACCUUCUAUUACUUGUGGGUGUAGGAUCUACUAAUCUUGAAGAAGGGAUUAGUUAUGGGCCUUCUUUAUUAAAAACCUUUGUAAAAGAAUUUUUUUGUCUUUUAUCACUUGUUGAUGAUGGCUUCCUUCUAUCACUUGGUGUAGAAUCUACUAAUCUUGGAGAAGGGAUUAGUUAUGUGCCUUCUUUAUUAAAAACCUUCGUGAGAGAAAUGAUUUUUUACCUUCCAUUACUUUUAGGUG